UGUGUUUCCUCGGGCUCUGUGGUGGGUGUGAAGGGUAACUCUGGUCAGUGUGUGUACAGUGCCAGUAAAGCUGGACUGGAAGGAUUCACACGCUCACUGGCGAAGGAAGUUGCAACCCGGAAUAUACGAGUGAACUCGGUGGCUCCAGGAUUCAUUCGGACGGACAUGACGGCAGGACCAGAGAAGGAAGACGCGGUGAGAAGAAUUCCACUGGGCCGUUUUGGGGAACCUGCAGAGGUGGCCCACGCUGUCCUUUUCCUCCUGGAGUCUCCUUAUAUCACAGGACAGCUUCUGCUCGUGGAUGGAGGACUACAGCUGGCACUGUGA